AUGCCGAGCAGAACAUAUAUAACGGCAGAGGAGAAGAUGAUGCCAGGCCACAAACCUAUGAAGGACAGAUUGACUCUAGCACUGUGCGGCAAUGCGAGUGGUGACUGCAAGAUCAAGCCUCUGCUCGUAAACCAUUCGAAAAAUCCCAGAGCAUUCAAGUCACAUAAGAUUUUGAAAGAAAAACUGCAAGUUAUCUGGAGGUCGAACCUCGAAGGCAUGGGUCACCAGGAAAGCAGUUCUUUGUGGAGUUGGUAA